AGCAGAUAUAAUCAAGCACCGGCUAAAUAAUCUGCACGUUUUUUGUUGUUUUAAUCUAUUCAUACACAUCUAAACAGAUUUUUACCAUCAAACAAAUCCAACCGCUUUUCAAACGAAACACGUGCGCUUUUCGCGUUUAAAAACGCUCCAACUGUUAACUGUAUUGUGGUAAACAAGAUUACAAAAUCAAACCAUAGUGGAAAAAAGGUCGAGUUCAAAUAAUACCAUAAAUUCAGGAUUGCAAUUUAAAAAGUCAGUUUUGCCUUUGUGAUCUAUUCAAGUUAUUGCAUUUUAACGUAUUUUCUGUGUACCGAUACAAAUUUAUUCAAGAUUAUCUGGUUAUUUGCGGUUCUUAGAUAACUGUUCACUUUUAAAUUGAUCCCAAAAAAUUGUAAAAUUUAGCUAGCAUAGUUUUUACUUUAAAUAAUUGUCAAUUUUCAAAAAUUAUUAGUUAGUGUAGUUCUGGAUCGUGAUGUAUGACAGAGCUCCCCGUAUAGUGUCUCAGGUGAAGCCAGGCACUACUGAGAUUGUUGGUCCGGGGGCUUACGAUGUCCCAGUGCCUGCAGACAUAUCCAAACGGAAAUAUGAUGGGUAUGCGCCGUUUGGAUCUCUGGCGCCCCGCAACAACAGUUUUCUGCCGAGUGAGAACACAGUUUUGUUAGCACCAGGUCCUGGCUCAUACAACCUCGACAAGACAUCUCUGCUUCGGGGAACGAGCACCCUCAACAGCCAGACGAAGCGUUUCGGAAACUUCAACAAGGAAGUGCCCGGACCCUCCGAGUACAACACGAGCUCGUUCAACAGUAUCGGAAACCAGUCGGCUCCUGUAGCCAGAUCACACACUGUGCCAGAGGCACGAAAGAGUAAGGUGGUCGUCAUGCGUAAGCCAGAUGCCCCCUCCAUCCCCGCCCAGGCACAGGCGUAUGGGUACGAAGAGACGGAGGAGGGGGUGUUGCGCAAACAGGAGCCCCCUCUGCAGGACAAAACUAUCGGACCUGCUUUUUACCAGAAGGCCCUGCCUUCCGCCUUGAGCCAACGCGCGCCCAACUUCGGAGGCUAUGCCCCCCGUAAGCCAGAAAAAGCCAAGUUGGGGCCAGGUCCAGGCGAAUAUGACCCCCACAACCCUGAAGUUUAUGUGGUGGAAAACGUGAAUGCCAAAUACAUGGAGACUAGAAGACCAGAAAGUCACGUGCCAAGGUUCACAGAAAGCAUCCAAAAGGCAGAAGAAAAACGGGGCGUGCCCGGUCCGGGAAAGUACGACUCCAAGAGUAUGUUUGAAAAGAGACCCCCCGUUGUGAACACAGAGGGAAUAGAGGUCGAGCAGCCCCCGUUCAUGACACAGGAGAGGAGAUUCAAAGAUAGCAAGUCAAUUGAGCCCGGGCCUGGGUCGUACAAUGACCCCCGAAAUGCACUGGAGGCGACGAAGAGGAUAACAGGACUGAAGAGAUCCCCCUUCGGACAGACUGCCCUCAGAUUCACCAAGAGCGCCUCGGAAGCACCACCCCCAAACAGCUACAACAUUGUGGGUCUGGGGGAGCAGAAUCUUAGGAAGGCCUACUUGGAGAGUAUGCGCAGGGGGGCGUUUGGGGGCACAGAAAUACGCAACACAACCCACGUGCCCAAGUCCAAAUACAACACCCCAGGUCCCGCUCACUACCAGACCUCGAAGGACGAUCUGGCGCCUGAACUGAACAAGAAGUCUUCCAUGUUCGUGAGUGGAGUGAAGAGACUACACGAACCACCCGCCAUUCAGACCGAAACAGCUCCACCAGCUGCAUAUAAUGUGGCCAAGUCUUAUGACAAGACCCAAAUGCCCCAAAAGCACCACAACCCCAGGUCUGAAUCGGCCAAGAGGAGAGCGGGGGGGUUUUACGUCAGUGCGGAGAGGUUCAAGGGUCCCCUGGAAGCCCGAUUCCUCACUACCGAUGUCGAGAAUCCAGGUCCUGGAACAUACGUUGCCAAGAUACCCAGCAACGCCAAACUCAGUCUGAUUGCAUCCAGAGACAAGCGGUUCAAGGAGGAGAAGGAGCGCGCCCCUGGGCCAGGUGCAUACGAGUUCAGUCCCCUCUAUGCGGACACAGUGCUGAGGGGCACUUUCAACGCAACCCUGAAUAACCCUGUGAAUAAAAAGUACGAAGAUCAUGGGUUGUUAGCAGGAGGAAACCAGGCAUUCUUGCUUGGCAUAUGAGCAAUAGACAAAACAAUAGCUAUGGGCUUGCUUAUGAUGAUCAUCUCAUUUAUAUUCUUGCAGGAAAAAUUCAAAAUUUUUAUAGGUUA